AUGUGGCACUCAUUCGUUGUUCUCUUCAUCCUCCUACCUACGCCCUAUGCGUUCAACUGGACGGGCUCCCUUUCCCCCAGGCCAUCUCCGCUAGUCGGAGCAACGGUCGCCAUAGUUGAGAGUUUCUUCGUACCCGUUUGCAGUCAGCUGUACAUCCGACGCCGGGCUUCCAACAAACGAAAUGCCCGCUUUCAGUACGACCUCAUCGAAGCAAUACUCCCGCAAAUCGAGCCCCAAAUCCGCGUACAGCUGGAAACCAUCCAGGCUCGAAUGCUGAACCACUCCAGAGCCCACAACGUCUUCUUCGUGGAUGACUACGAGGCCUUCGGCGAAAUCAGCGACAGGAUGCGGGUCCAAACCUACGACUACAGUGGGUACUUCUUGAUUAUUGUGACGGAUUCGUCGCGGAACAACUUCAACACCGUUCAGCAGAUCAUGGACGACCUGUGGUCCCAUUACGUCAUCAAUGUAGCCGUACUGUUGAGCUACGACGAUUCGCCGGAGGAUGCCUUCUACUAUACGUACUUUCCGUUUAGCACGACCUACUGUGAGGAAGUGCACCCGUGGCUGUGGAAGAUCUUCAGCAAGGGUCGAUUUGUGGAUCCACAGCGGGCGUUCUACCCCAGAAAGUUGAUGAAUUUCUACGGUUGUCCACUGAAGAUGGUGACAUUCGACAUCCCUCCGUUUUUGAUGUUGGAUCCAGGCUUCGACGGAACGGUGUCUGGCUUGGACGGAAUUGACGGAAUUCUGACAAGGGUGCUGAGCCAGCUGUUGAACUUCAGCUUGAGCAUUGAACUUAUGGAACCUCCGGAAUGGGGCAUAACGGACAAGCUAGGAAGCUGCACGGGAGCCUCCCGGCUCGUACGACAACGGAUGGUCAACUUUACUGUAGGGUUCUGGUCGAUGACUUACCGCAGGAAUCGCUACAUGGGUCACACCUCCGCCUACUACACCUCCCUGAUAACUACCGUGGUUCCUCCUGGUCAUGCGUAUACCUCAAUUGAACACUUGCUUCUACCAUAUAAGCUUGAUUCGUGGUCCUGUAUUAGUACGAUCAUCUUGAUUGCAGUUCUGGUGAUCAUCGUUGUCAAAUUCCAUGGACGCAUUAUGCAGAACUUCGUAUUCGGACGCUCCAUAGCAGCACCUUUGCUGAAUACGUUCAACAUCUUCUUCGGCGGUUCGUUACCUCGGUUACCGCACCGGAACUUUUCCCGAACUCUGCUGACGUUCUGGCUGCUCUACAGUAUCAUAAUACGAACCUGCUAUGUCGGCUCCCUCUUCAAGUUCCUUCAACUGCAGCCGAAUAAAACCGUUCCAAAGAUCAUCCCGGAAUACAUGGCGGCUGGCUACCACAUACGGAUGGCUCGCAACUACAGUUACAUCUUCGAAGCCUUCCCCAGGGUUUACAAAAGGCUUCAACAGUCAAACCUCACCAAUUUCCUGGCACGGGAAAUCGACGAACUCCAACAACCGGCCACGCGUUACAUCGUGCUUGCUCCGACGGAAGCCAUCGCCUAUCUCAAUCGGCAACUCACCAAGCAGGGGAAACUCCUCCGGGUCAGCGGCGAUCGGGUCUACACGUCCAAGUUGACGAUCUACAGCCAGCGCUCGUCACCGGUACUGCAGCCGUUCAACUACAUUCUCGGCUUAAUCAGCACGGCCGGCCUGAUCGAUCAGUGGGCUUCGGGCUUUUCGUUGCCCAUAUUUCUGAAGGUGUCCAGCGGAGUCAACGGUCCACGGCAGUUGACCGUGCGGCAGCUGAUGGGCUGUUUGGAGUUACUCGCGUUUGGAUUGACCGUGAGUGGUCUGGUGUUGCUCGUUGAGUGCUUGGUGGACCGGUGGACAAGCCAGAAACGUCGUGUUCGCAGACGCCGUCGACGGGUUCGUGAGAAGUCCGCCUGGAUUCCAGAGAGGAGUUCGUCUGGACUCCGGAGAGGAGUCCACCUGGACUCCGUAGAGACUACUUUCUGGACUCCGGAGUGGAGUCCGCCUGGGCUCCUCAGCGAACUCGUUUUGGAUUCUGGGGAGAAGUUCGCCUGGAUUACGUCUACCACUCUGAUGAAGAGUCCGUUGGUGUUCACGCUACUCGGAGCGCCCAACUUCUUCUUCACCCCGUCAUCGCCCGAACCUCCCGUAGCGGCGCAAUCGAUCGCCUGGAUACUGCGGCGUCACUUCAGCCAUUCGCACGAAGCCAUCCUGAUCAACCCGGUGUUCAACGGGACGCUCAGCGGUCUACGGCAGGGUGACCUCCUCGGCGAUGUGAUACGUCUGAUCGAUGCCCGGCUGGUCGUGCGGUUCUACUACCCGCGGAAGGACUUUGUGCGGCCCCGGUUCAUGAACGUGUUCGUCGUCGAUGGGUACGCGAGCUUCCGGAGGAUCUACGCUCUGAUGCACUACGAGAAGUUCGACUCGUCCGGGUUCUAUCUGGUGGUGGUGGCCGGGGUGGUGCACGAGGACUCGCGGGAACUGGUGCGGAAGAUUUUGGAGGACAUGUGGGCGUUGGAUAUUGUGAACGUCAAUGUGGUGGUUUGCGAUGGACCGGGAUAUGACGAAGUACUUAUCUAUUCUACGUUUCCGUACACGAGGGAUCAUUGCGGGCAGGUUGAGCCGGUUUUGUGGCUUAACGUAUCUGGAGGCGUUGGUGAGCUGGAACAUGUGGAUCUGUAUCCGGACAGGAUGCAAGACUUCUUCGGGUGUGCGUUGAUCGGAGGCACACACGAAGCGAAGCCCUACACGAUCAUUCCCAGGUUGAAGAAUUCUACGGAGAUUGUGGUAAGCGGGUUCGAAGGAGAUUUGGUGGACAUGUUGGCGGCAAAGUUGAACUUUUCCGUGCGGUACGAGAUUUCUGCGGAGGCUUGGGGUUUCGCACGCGAGAGAGGCAACAGUACAGGGUUGAUGAAAAUGAUCCAAGAAGAGGAGGUCGACUUCGGAGUGGGUUGUAUGGCGUUUGCGUAUGAUCGUCACAAGUAUCUGAAGCCAGGGAUAGCACACUACACGAGCAAGGUUCUGUUUGCAGUACCGUCAGGUCGACCUUUUUCAGCGUUCGAGAAGCUAUUCAGACCGUUCAGUGCUAGUAUAUGGAGCUUGAUAUUGCUGUAUCUGGUAGCAGGAGCGAUCGUCACCUGCAUUCUAUUGUGUAGCCCUAGAACGAUACGGAACUUUAUCUACGGAUACGAAAUCGACUCGCCGUAUUUGAACAUGAUGAAUAUCUUCUUCGGGGGAGCCUUGGAGCGGACUCCAAGUCGGAACUUCGCCCGAACGCUGUUGCUGCUGUGGAUUCUGUUCUGCUUCGUCAUUCGAACUCUUUACCAGGGGUCGCUCUAUCAGUAUCUGCAGCGAACGAUGAACCACGAUCCACUGGACGAUACUUUGUCACCAUGCCACGUGUUUUGGCCAGGUAAGUCUUGCUCAAAGGGCUCCAGUUGUUACCGUACUGCUGAAGUUCUUUUGCGUUUCAGAACGACCUACAUACAACCGGGAAAAGAUAGUCUAGGAAGCACAGUUGAAAAACUCGGUCGCCACCUGAUCGACGGAGUUGUGUUGAUUCCGUUGGACCACGCAGCCUACCACAACCGGAUCUUCCCGAAGCAGGAGUUCGUCUACGUGGCCAAGGAGCAUGUGGGAGUCUACCCGGUUGGGUUUUACUAUCCGAAGAAGUCCCGACUGACGAAGGUGUUCGACGAUCAAAUUCGGAACAUUCAGAGUACAAGGCUGAUCGACUUCUGGCUGAGGAGAUACGGCGACUAUGACUUUUUCCAGAAGCAGGAAUCUGGCGGAGGUCCCAGGAAGCUGAGUAACAGCCACCUGGCAGGAGGAUACCAAGUGUUCUUGGGCUGGUUGGCUGUGAGUUGUAUUGUUUUCGGACUGGAGCUGUUGUCGGUGCGGUGUGCGUGGCUGAGGAGACUGUUCGAGGCGAUAAUGGAACGAAGCGGAUGUGAUUAAUAUAAGGCCUUUUGUUUAGCAGAAUAGUCUCUCCCAUCUUUAACAAGCGUAAAUGACUGGCUACUGCUUAACAGUCAAAGGGAUAUAGGUAAUCAAAAAUGAAUUAGCCAAACCAGUUGUACUGUCAAAUGAUUCAGUCAGUAUUGUAUAAAAACGUAAAAUCCAAAUAGCAAAGUUGCAGUUGCA